AUGCUUUUGCUUAUAAAUAGGAUUCAAAAAAAUUUAAAAAUAAGAAAAUUUAAAUUAAUAUAUUAUAAUAAUUUUAGUUCUUGUAAUUAUAGUGAUAUAUAUAAUAAAUAUGAGAAUUUUUUGAAUAUAGGAAAUAAAAAACCGGAUGAAAUAAUAAAUUUAUUAAAUAUUAUAAAUAAAGAAAAAAGGUGUGAUACUGAAUUAAUUAAAAAUAUAACAAGUCAUAUAUAUGAUUUCAGCGAUGAUUUUUUCUGCCCACAAUUAAUAAAAGUAUUAGAAAAUUAUGUAAAAUUAAAAUAUUCUGAUGAAACAUUACUUGGUAUUCUCUGUAGUAGAAUUGAUGAUAUAGUAAGUUUAAAAUCAUGUUUAAGAGCAAAAAUUAUGAUAAAUAUUUAUAAGCAGCUAAAUUUCCAUCAUCCAUUGGUAAAAAAUCCAUUAUUAAAUUUAAUCAAUGAAAAUAUUUGUCAUUAUAAAAGUGAACUAGUUAGUAUUAUAAAAAAUAUAUCUUAUUUGCAUAUAGAUUCAUUUACAUCUAAUAAUCUUAUUAAUCGUAUAAUAGUAAAUUAUGACUAUUAUGAUAAAGAUAUUUUUACCAUAUUUGAAUCAUUCAGUAGAUUGGAUGAAUAUAAUGAAGCUUUUGUUGAUUUAAUAUUAAAAAAAAUUAAAAAAUUAGAAGAAAAUGAUAUAUGUUGUAAUUUUAAAAACUUUCUAAAAUUUUUAAGUGGAUAUAAAAGAUUAGGUUUAACUAGUAAUACUUAUUUGCAUUCACAAUUUGAACAUAAAAUAAAUAACAUUAAAUUAUUAUCUCCAAAUAACAUUUCUUAUGCGUUGUUAUUAAUGCUUUCAACAAAAUUCCAAAAUGAAUCAUUAUUUGAAUUAUUAUUAAUAAAUAUAGAAAAUUAUGUAAAUAAUAACAAUUUAGAAAUUAGUGAAAAAAAAAGUCUUUAUUUCUAUGAUUUUUCAGACAAUUUUUUUGAAAGAAAAAAUAAAAAAGAAAAUUAUUUUAUUGAACAAAGAGGAAAUAAUAAAAAAAGAAAUACUGAAAACAACAAUGAUGAAUUAAUUCAUCAUAAUAAUUAUGAGAGUAUUUGUAAUAAAUAUAUUUUUAAAUAUUUACCAUUUCAUUUACUUUUACUAGUUUUAUUAAAUUAUGAUAACAAAAAUAUAAUACUUCAUUUAUUAAAUAUAUGCAUUAAUGAAUAUAUUUUUUUUUAUGAUGUAUCUAAUUUGAUUAAAUUAUUAUAUUCAUACACACUUUUAACAGUAAAAAAUCAAGUAGAAAAAAAUGAAGAAAUUCAAAAAAAUAUAAUAAUAAUAUUUUCUGCUCUUCAAAAUAUAUAUAAAAGUGCUACUAUAAGUGACUAUAAAAUUUUAUAUGACUGCUUUUUAUAUCAUCAAAAAAUUAUUGAGAAAAAUAGUAAAUUAAAAAGCAUGUAUGAUGAUCUUUUAUAUAAUGAAUGUUUUUCAAUUUUGCCAUCAUCAUACUCCAAUUUAAAAUUCGAUGAAAUGGAAAUCAUUAAAUGCGGUAGCUCAUCAUAUUUGAAAGAUAAAGAUGGUACAAUUUCUAUUUAUUUAAACAAAAAUGAUUUUUUUUCUUCAAAUGAUUAUAAAUAUGAUAAUUUAUUAUUAAAUGUUAAAUUUAAAAUUGAACUCUUGAAAAAUUGUAAUAUUAACAAUGUUAAAAUAAUUUAUAAGGAAAAUAUCUUAAAAUAG